AUGGCCUCUACUUCUACCACUUCCACCACUUCCACCAUCUCCCUUCUCGGUCCAAACACCAUUCACUUUAUCAAACUCGAUGCCUCAAACUACCUUCUCUGGCCAAGCCACAUCAAAUCGUUCCUCAUUGGCCAUGACCUUUGGAAAUAUGUUGAUGGCUCUUAUCCACAACCCUUUGAAUUUAUCACCACCACAGACACUACAACUUCUACACCUCCCACCACCACCUCUAUCACCAAUCUCAAUCCAGAUUUUCUAUCUUGGUACCAACAAGACCAAUUAGUGGUCAGUUACAUCACCACAACACUUUCCCCUACUGUUCUCUCUUUAACCAUUGGUCAUGACUCUGCCAAGUCCAUUUGGGAGUGUUUACAAAAUCAUUAUACUCAACGUAACCUUGCUAGUGCCUCCAGUCUUCGUUUUCAACUUCAUGACAUGUCCAAAGGAUCCAAAACCAUUGAUGAUUAUCUCAACCAUGCAAAAUCACUAGAUGAUGCUCUUUUUUCCAUUAACAAACAUGUCUCUGAUGAAGAUCUUGUUAAUGCCGUUCUCCGUGGUCUCGGCGCUGAGUUCUCCAUGUUUGUUACCACUAUUCUAAAUCAACUCACUCUUCCAAGUUUCACAGACCUUCGCUCCCACCUGCUUGCCUUUGAAAACCAAUCCUCAUGCUCAUUAGACUCCACUGGCCACACCACUGCCCUUAUUACCACUCACUCAUCCUCUGCUUCUUAUGCUCAACAUAUCUCCAACCAACAGCAGCACGGAUCCUCCAACCAGCAGCAAGGUGGUUCUCGUGGUGGCCAUCACGGUGGCUAUCGCAGUUUUUAUCGUGAUGGGCGUCGCAGUGGUUACAAACGCUGGCAACACCAUGCUCCUCCUAGUACCACGCCCCCUUGGCAACAACCAUGGACCAGUCCUUUUUCCCCUCGUGGAUCUGCUCCCCGUGCUCAGUGGCACCAGCUUGGGAUUCUUGGCGCCCUACCUCAAGCUUGGUAUUCCAAAUGUUCAACCAAUCAACACAUUACUGCCCAAUGUCCUCAUAAAUUUUCCGGACCCGACUCAUUUCCUUCAUAUGCAAGUGCACAUACUCUCCAACCUCAUGAUCCAAAUUGGUACCCCGAUACCGGAGCCAUUCACCACAUGACCGGCAAUCUUCCAUCCCUUCAACAGCCACAACCCUAUACUGGUAAUAAUUCAGGCCCCUGUAAGGAUGGCUUAUGUCCCUUGUCAUUGUCUUCUCUUCUUGAUUCUCCUGUCCCUCGAGCUUUCGCCACCAUCUCCUCCUCCACAUGGCACAACCAUCUUGGUCAUCCAUCAUCUUUAGUGCUCUCCCGUCUUCGUCCUCAAUUAGGAACAGUUGAACUUGAUAUUUUUCCCCAGCAUGCUCUGCCUGCUCUGCUGGCCGCACCUUCUCCGUUGGCUCCCCUUACUUCUCCUUCCAAUUCUGGCCCAUACCCCCUUGCUUUAGGCCUGAGCCUCCUUUUUGGCCCCUGCCGAUCACCAGGGCCCUCAUCCUCUCCAGGCCCAAUUCAUCCUACCGGCCCACCUCUCUAUCUAGCUUUAACUUCCCAUACAGGCACAUCUGCUACUGCAGGCCCAACUUCCACACCUAACACAUCUCACACUCCAUGCCCUAAUUCCGCUCCAGGCCCAUGCCUUUCCUCAACCCAGCCUUUACCCCAACUCUCUGCACAACAUGCUCCUUCCACAUCCGCGCAGCCCACAGACAUAUCCUCAUCUUUCCAGCUUUCUUCGCCUGUGCCUGAUCCUUGCCUUCCUCCUCCUGCUAUGGCAGCGCCAACUCACCUCAUGACUACACAGCAUCGUGCUGGGAUCAUCCAACCCAAAACACGCACCGAUGGAACCAUACGCGACACUCUGCAGGCCGUAUUGAGCGCUACAAGGCACGUUUGGUCGCCAAGGGUUUUCACCAACAAUCAGGCAUUGACUACACAGAAACCUUUAGUCCGAUUGUCAAGCCCGCUAGCAUCCUCACGGUUCUCAGCCUUGCCAUCUCUCGAGGAUGGUCUCUUCAUCAACUUGACAUUAAAAAUGCAUUUCUCUAUGGUUUUCUCAAUGAAGAUGUCUACAUGGUCCAACCACCAGGGUUUGUGGAUCCUGCCUAGCCUACCUACCUUUGCAAGCUCCACAAAGCACUAUAUGGUCUCAAACAAGCUCCUCGUGCUUGGUUUCAUCGCAUUAGCACUUUCCUCUUAUCUUCUGGGUUCACCCAAAGCUGGCAGCCAUCUUGAGGUACUCCAAGAAUUCAUCUCUACUUUAGGCAGUGAAUUUGAUAUCAAAGAUCUUGGGCCCCUCAGUUAUUUUUUGGGCCUCCAGGUCACUCACUCCAAUGGUAGUCUUCACCUAUCUCAAGUUAAGUAUGCUCAUGACCUUUUUCAACAUCAUCACAUGCUUGACUGCAAAUCGACCUCUACGCCUCUUGCUGCCAAAUCUUUUCUCUUAGCAACUGAGGAUGAGUUGUUAUCUUCACCUACUUCAUACAGAAAGGUUGUGGGUUGUCUCCAAUACCUCACCAUCACUAGACCCGACUUGGCCUUCACGGUCAACUCUGUUGCGCAAUACAUGAGCGCCCCUCGUUCUUCUCAUAUGAUCGUCGUAAAGCGAAUCCUGCUCUACAUCAAAGAGACCCUUGAUUUUGGCUUAACUCUUCGUCCACAGUCACAACCUUCAAGUAUUUGUGCAUACUCCAAUGCAGAUUGGGUUGGGUGCCCGAACUCUCGUCGCUCCACCACUGGCUAUCUGAUCUACUUGGGCACCAACUCGAUCUCUUGGUGUUCCAAAAAGCAGCCUACUGUCUCUCGCCCAAGCAUGGAAUUAGAAUAUCGCUCCUUAGCUCAUGCUUGUGCCGAAACUACUUGGCUAUCCUACCUUUUGGUCGAACUUGGUGUUCAACUUACCUUUCUCGUCUUUCUUCACUAUGACAAUCUCUCUGCCACUUACUUGGCUGCCAACCCUGUUUUUCACGCUCGCACCCGCCACAUCAAGCUUGAUUACCAUUUUGUGCGCGAAAAGGUGGCCUUGGGCAGUCAUCGCGUUUGUUUUAUUCCGUCUAUUGAUCAGCUAGCCGACCUCCUCACCAAAGCACUUCAUAAACCACGCCACCAACUUCUCCGAUCAAACCUUGUCCUACCUAGCCCGUCCGGUUUGCGGGGAGGUAUUAGUGAAUCAAUUCAGUCCGGUCAACUCUCCAUAAAUCGCUCCAGCCAACCUCCAUCUUCAUUGCCUUGA